AUGACACGCAAGCGGCGAGCAAAGGCUAAGGCCAAUUAUAAACCAAUCAAUUGGCAGCCGACGACGUACGAUGCGGACGAAUCGGACUUAGAGGAAUGGUUUGAAAUGCCUCGUCCGUUGCUCUCGACGCAUCCUAACUACCCGCUAGAGGAGUUAGAGCUGGACCUCGAAGAAACUUUGCAUACCAUUCGGGAGCAAAGGCCUUCGGGGGUAAUGAUGCCAGAAGACGUCAUAAAAAUUAAAAGAAUCAUUUACCUUUUCAUGCGUGACAUGAACAUCGUCACAUGCGAUGUAAAUUCUCGCUAUUUGCCCCCCAGCGCGACUUGCGAAUAUAGGGCGCCGGAAUCAGAACCAGAGGAAGAGAUCGAGUUGAUCAUACCUAGUUCCGAUUCCGAAGACUACGAAAUGUCCUUCAGCGAGCCCGAAUCUGAUUCGGAAGACCUGCUUCAGGUCGAAAAGGGAACGAAAAGGAGCCCUGUGUCACGCUACUCUUCUGGUUAUUUCACUCCCGAUUUUGACACCAGUAAGUCGGUGCUUCAUUCAUCCAAAAUUCCUCGAGACUUACCUGGUGAAGCUUUCCAAUCUUCAAAGCAACAAACUUCGAACCCCGAAUCCCUAAGAAAGCAGACCCGAUCGUUCAAGAUCCGGAAAAAGGCCAACCUGAAUCUUCGAGCGGAACCUACGGCCAAAGAACUGUGCAGCGAACCUACUUCGAUUUUGGAACUUUACCCUUCUACGAAAAUUCCCCGUUCCGGACGCACACCUGGAACCCCCCAAAAAGUCUUUUCUUACAACAAAAAGAAAAACAAAUCAAUUUAAAUUUUCAAUAAAUUUAUUUAAGGUUUCUUUCCAGCUUUUUCCAAUUUUUCGGCAGUUUGCCACAGUUCCGGUGAGGCGCGGGAGUAUCAGCAUUUCCCCAGUCGCCGGCGGCAGACAUCGCUGAUGGGAAGAUGAUCUGGAAAGAGAAAAAGUAGAACAGUUUUAGCAAUUUACAACACCGAAGGACUGUGGAAUUGUUAGUCGAUUGUGUUAAUUGUUAUGAGAAUCAUGAGCUGUUAGUCAUAAAUUAGUCAGACCAACGGAUGAAAGACUCCGAUCGGUCGUGAAGAAAGGCUAGCAUGCGUGGAAAUUAGAUCCAACUUACCUUGAUUUAUAAUCGGGGAUCCAUACCGGGGUUGGCGGGACCGGCGGAAAAUGCGAGGGAUAGAAUAUUUUACCUCCUUUUCCCCACCUGCAGAACUGCCGGGAGGGGAUCGCCCAACUUGAAUUUAAUUGGCCAAAGUCUAAAAUAAACAUCAAUCACCUGAGAUGGGUUGAUUAUUUCACAGUGUACACUGAACUUACCUGAUUUCAUCUUGCUCCGCCAAGAUGGUCAUCAAGGUCCCGGGACCAUUAUGGGUUUGCUAUGGGCCAAUCUUUCGUCGCAAAGAUUGUUGCCGCAUAGCCCAACAACCCAAGAAUGAAUCGAUUUCAUUCACCUAAAAGACACAUAUACAUCCGAAGAUUAGUCUUCGAUAUGUUUCAUUAAUGAACGUACGUAUUACUUACCACAAACACACGAAAAAGG